GACCGGAAAAUUCCCUGCAGAAAUAACAAAUUAGCAGACGGCAAAUUCAGCACUAAAUAUCUAGAAAAGUCUCGCAAACAUGUCCAUGAUUCCGUUCUUUCCAAGCAUCAAGCCAUCGGUGGCCAAUCGUAUUUGGUUUGAUAUGACUUCCGAUGAUGAAGUACAAACCAAGCGUUAUGAGGACGAGCGCAGGAAUUGGCGAGAAUCCUUGAAAACAGCUGCCACGGAUCUGCAGCCGCUGGGCAAGGUGCACACUAUAACCGGCGUCGAAACCGAUGAUGAGGACGCCAAUGACGAUAGCGAAGACACCGACAGCCACGAUGAGGAGGACGAUGAGACCAACGAUCGGGUUAUUCCAGUCACACAGGACUUCUACUCUGCCGACGAUAUACAGAUGAACGAUGAGACCUCGCCCACAGCACCGUAAGGAAAGGCUUUGCAUUGAUACACCAUUUAGUUGAUUAAUGUUGCGAUUACAAAGUUCCCUUU